ACGAACAAACUGUGCGCUUCGUCGUGAUUGGUUUAAGAGGCGGGCUUUGAUGGGUGGCGCGGCGCAUUGUGGGGUGGCGGGCGCGCGUGGAGCGGGAGUGGCUGAUGGCGGCCAUCGGGGUUCACCUGGGCGCUACCUGCGCGUGUGCCGCCGUCUACAAGGACGGCCGCGCCGAUGUGGUCGCUAACGACGCCGGGGACAGAGUCACUCCUGCGGUUGUGGCUUUCACAGAGAACGAGGAGGUUGUGGGCUUAGCUGCAAAGCAGGGCAGAAUAAGGAACAUUUCCAACACUGUGGUGAAAGUAAAGCACAUCCUCGGGCGGAGUUCUGGUGACCCUCAAGCAGAGAAAUAUAUUAAAGAAAGCAAAUGUUCAGUAGUUGAGAAGAAUGGAAAACUUCAAUAUGAGAUAAAUAAUAAACUAAUUAGCCCAGAAGAUGUGGCAAAGCUAAUUUUCAGUAAAAUGAAAGAAACUGCUCAGUCUGCAUUGGGUUCAGAUGUAAAUGACGUUGUUGUCACUGUACCAUUUGAUUUUGGAGAGAAUCAGAAAAAUGCCCUUGGGGAAGCAGCUGCAGCUGCUGGUUUUAAUGUUAUGAGACUAAUUCAUGAACCCUCUGCAGCUCUCCUGGCUUAUGGAAUUGGCCAAGAUUCACCCACAGGGAAAAGCAAUGUGUUGGUUUAUAAACUUGGUGGGACAUCGCUUUCUAUCACAGUUAUAGAAGUAAACAGUGGAAUAUAUCGUGUGCUUGCUUCAAACACAGAUGAUGGCAUUGGCGGAGUGUGCUUCACAGAAGCUUUAGCACAACACUUAGCAUCUGAAUUCCAGAGAUCUUGUAAGCAUGAUAUCAGAGGAAAUCCCAGGGCUAUGAUGAAGUUAAUGAACAGUGCUGAUGUUGCAAAGCACUCGCUAUCAACGUUGGGAAGUGCAAACUGCUUUGUAGAUUCGCUGUAUGAUGGAUUGGAUUUUGAUUGUAAUGUAUCCAGGGCCAGGUUUGAACUUAUCUGUUCUUCACUUUUUAGUAAGUGUGUGGAAGCAAUUAAAAAGCUCUUGGAGCAAGUUGGAUUUACAGCUGAGGAUAUUAAUAAGGUAGUUUUGUGUGGUGGAUCUGCUCGAAUCCCAAAACUGCAGCAGCUGAUCAAAGACAUUUUCCCAAACGUGGAACUACUGAGCUCAAUUCCUCCAGAUGAAGUUAUUCCAAUUGGUGCAGCGAUAGAGGCAGGAAUCUUACUAGGGAAAGAAAACCCUUCUCUAGAAGAGGAAGCAUUGUUUAUUGAGUGUUCUGCCAAGGAUAUUCUUCUUAAGGGAGUAGACGAGACAGGGGCUGACAAAUUCACAGUGCUGUUUCCAUCAGGGACGCCAUUACCAGCUCGAAGACAGCACACCUUGCAUGCUCCUGGAAACAUUUCUUCUGUGUGCCUUGAACUGUAUGAGUCGUUAGGGAAAAGUCCUAUGAACGAAGAAAACAAAUUUGCACAAAUUGUGCUCCAGGAUUUAGAUAAAAAGGAGGAUGGCCUACAUGAUAUAUUGACUGUUCUUACUAUGAAAAGGGAUGGAUCCUUGCACGUUACCUGCACAGAUCAAGAUACUGGAAAGUGUGAAGUCAUCACUGUUGAAGUGGCAUCAUAAUCUCAUUUGAAAGGCAACAUUUUUGAGUUGAUUUUUUUGUCUCUUGCUGGCUUGUCCCCUAAAGUGAUGACUGAAACGGCUUUAAUGAAUCAUAGAGAAUUGUAAUAAACUGAAGUUAAAGACGAAUUUGCCACCAAGUCUGUGUGCAGUGGAAAACAUGGUGCAGAAUGUCAAUCUAGACAGGUAGACAACAGCAUUGAAUUAUCAGCACCCUUUUAAAGAAAAACUUCAGAGGGCAUAUCUCAGGUCUGUGGCUCAGCAACAAGCAUGUUAUGUAGUCUAAAAAUGUUUCAUUAAUCUAAUCAGGUCCUGUAUGUCUUCAGAGAGUAUACCUUUGGUUUGAACCAGCAUAGCACUGAACCAGCAAGAACUAGAUAUGUGAAAAGCCACUCUCAAGUAAUUGUAUAAACUGUGCUGAAAACCUGUGUGGGCUUGAUGUUGCCUGAAACCAUGGAGGUUGUGCCCAUUUGGGCUGGCCCCUUGAGCAGGAUUUUUCUGGAGUUACUGCAAGAUGAUUUUGUGAUGUUACCGGGAAAAAAAUGUGUGUAAGGGUUAUAUGUGCUUAUUUAUGUGUUUAUUAAUAAAAAGUUUUAUACAGAUGCUGU